GAGCACGCGCUCCUGAAUAAGCUCUUGGGUGAUGGCGGACUGACCUGGGCAGACACAGAAGCGGUUCAAGGCUGGGGCGCCGAUGUGGAGUUCCUCGGCCAGGCUGGCCAGGCUGGCAAGUAUCGGGAGCGCUCCCAGUUUGUUCCGUGGAGCGAC